GAUGCAACUUGGCGAAGACUCCACGUGACUAUUUCUAAGACUCGCGGUUCCGGCGCCGGCUUCGGUUGGGGAAGGGGCACAAGCUAAGGCCGGAGGCAGGGCGCGCUGACGGGAAUCUCUUUUCUGCACCUAGCCCUUAGAGGACUCCAUCAUGGGGGACGCACCGAGCCCGGAGGAGAAACUACAUCUCAUCACCCGCAACCUACAGGAGGUCCUUGGUGAAGAAAAACUGAAGGAGAUCCUGAAGGAGAGGGAAUUGAAAGUUUACUGGGGGACUGCAACCACAGGCAAACCACAUGUGGCCUACUUUGUGCCAAUGUCAAAGAUCGCUGACUUCCUGAAAGCUGGAUGUGAGGUGACAAUCCUCUUUGCUGAUCUUCAUGCAUACCUGGACAAUAUGAAGGCUCCCUGGGAGCUCCUGGAGCUGCGUACCUCCUACUAUGAAAAUGUGAUCAAGGCCAUGCUGGAGAGUAUCGGAGUUUCCCUAGAGAAGCUAAAAUUUGUCAAAGGCACUGAUUACCAGCUCAGCAAAGAGUACACACUGGAUGUUUAUAGACUCUCCUCGAUGGUCACUCAGCACGAUGCAAAGAAAGCUGGGGCUGAAGUAGUGAAACAGGUGGAACACCCGUUGUUGAGUGGUCUGCUCUACCCAGGACUGCAGGCCUUAGAUGAGGAAUAUCUGAAAGUAGAUGCCCAGUUUGGAGGAGUUGACCAAAGGAAGAUUUUUACCUUCGCAGAAAAGUACCUCCCAACACUGGGCUACUCAAAGAGGAUCCAUCUGAUGAACCCUAUGGUCCCAGGAUUGACGGGCAGCAAAAUGAGCUCUUCAGAAGAGGAGUCCAAGAUUGAUCUUCUGGAUCGGAAGGAGGAUGUGAAAAAGAAACUGAAAAAAGCCUUCUGUGAGCCAGGGAAUGUGGAGAACAAUGGUGUCCUGGCCUUCAUCAGACACGUGCUUUUCCCCCUCAAGUCAGAGUUUGUGAUCCUUCGAGACGAGAAGUGGGGCGGCAAUAAGACCUACACGGCUUACUCAGAGCUGGAGAAGGACUUCGCGGACCAGGUGGUACAUCCUGGAGAUCUGAAGAAUUCCGUUGAGGUGGCCUUGAACAAAUUACUGGAUCCCAUUCGGGAAAAGUUCAAUGCUCCUGCAUUGAAGAAACUGGCCAGUGCAGCUUACCCUGACCCCACAAAACAAAAGCCAGUGGCCAAAGGCAGUGCCAAGAACUCAGAGCCAGAGGAGGUUGUCCCAUCCCGGCUGGACAUCCGUGUGGGGAAAGUGGUCAGCGUCGAGAAGCACCCUGAUGCAGACAGUCUGUACCUGGAGAAGAUUGAUGUUGGGGAGCCUGAGCCACGGACGGUGGUGAGCGGUCUGGUCCAGUUUGUUCCCAAGGAGGAACUACAGGACAGACUUGUGGUGGUCCUGUGCAACUUGAAACCCCAGAAAAUGAGAGGAGUGGAGUCACAAGGGAUGCUCCUCUGUGCCUCCACGGAAGGAGCCGACCGCCAGGUGGAGCUCCUGGACCCUCCUUCCGGCUCAGCCCCCGGGGAGCGUGUGUUUGUGGAGGGCUAUGAGAAGGGCCAGCCUGACGAUGAGCUCAAGCCCAAGAAGAAAGUCUUUGAGAAACUGCAGGCUGACUUUAAAAUCUCUUCGGAGUGCAUUGCACAGUGGAAGCAAACCAACUUCAUGACCAAGCUGGGCUGUGUCUCUUGUAAAACACUUAAGGGAGGGAGCAUCAGCUAACUGCAGGGUUGUCGCCCUCUGCCCUCCCGCCUCUCUCACAAGCUGCUCUCCUCCUUGGCUUGCCUCCCCAUCUCUGACCCACCAUCCAUCAAGGAGACUCAUCUUCCAGGUGCUGUCGACGGCAGAGUUGAGACUCCAAAUUCCAGAUAUCCAGUGCUAGAUCCGUGCCCCUUGAGCAGAUCUGGAGACCUUGGGCUUGGGGCUGGCUGCUGCGGGAGCCCGGCCUUCCACACCUUUGCUACAGACUAGGGAACACUGAGUGAGGGAGGCCAGCAGAGGCAGCUGUUUUAGGAACUCUUUCCCCCAAAAUCCGGUUUCAGUGUAAUGGGGGGGGGGUUAUGCUGUAAUUGUUCAAAUUGAAAACGAUCUGUUUCUGGGCUUUCCAGGGGGAUCCAGCAGCUGUGCUCCAGGGGCUGGGCCUCAGGCUGGAGCUCAGUGCCAGCAAUAGGAUAAUUACAGCUUUUCAGUAAGUGGUGGGGUUUGGGAAGGCAAAUAUUUACAAGGAAAGGAAUGAUGGCUCAAUGUUCCAGCCCCCCAAAAGAAGGAAAGCCAAGAACCUGGCUUGGUCUUACCAUCUGCCUGACCCCUCACUGGCUUCCCACUGAGACUCCCUUAGUGAUGCCAGGGAAUCCCACACCCCCUAAACCAGGUGUGGGUAUCGUUAGCAUCACACUGUAUGGGGGGAGGGGGAGAAGUGACUUCACCUGAAUCAUGGUCAUAAAUCAAAAUAAAGUGUUUGAAAGUG